GGUUCCGGACCUUUUAGGCACAUAUGAGAUUCUCUUUGAAAUCAUAAAUUCUGCCUUCCUAAUAUACUGACAACCAAAAAGGAAGGCUGGUACCAAACAAGCAGGAUUGACAGAACUGAGGGGCCAAAGCAAUACCCAUUGGGUGGUUAAAUCCUUGGAUUGUCCCUGGAUAGACAGAAGGAGAAGCAGAGAGAGGACAAGGCCAAGGUGAGGCACAAUGGAAUCCAACUUCACUACAAAAGAUGCCUACCUGAAUUGCUUCAGUCCUCGAACUUACCUGCAAAAUUAUUAUACCUUUGGAUCCAGUCCUUCUCAAGAAAAACAGGUUCUGAUGCAUAAUCUGAGAAAACUGUCAGAGACAUUCUCUUUGGGCCAGGUGAAAGGAGAUCUCCUGAUUGACAUUGGCACUGGCCCCACCAUCUACCAGCUUCUCUCUGCCUGUGAGUCCUUUAAAGAGAUUGUUGCCACUGACUACACUGACCAGAACCGGGAGGAGCUCAUCCGGUGGCUGAAGAAGGAGCCAGGGGCAUUUGACUGGUCUCCUGUGGUGAAAUAUGUGUGUGAGCUUGAAGGAGACAGAGAGAAGUGGGCUGAGAAAGAGGAAAAGUUAAGAGUGAGGGUAAAGCAGGUCCUGAAGUGUGAUGUGACCCAAAGUCAACCUCUGGGCUCUGCUUCCCUUCCUCAGGCUGAUUGCCUGCUCACCACAUACUGUCUGGAAGCUGCCUGCAAAGACCUUCCCACCUACCAGCAGGCCCUGAAGAACCUCAGUAGCCUACUGAAACCGGGGGGAUUCUUGGUGCUUCUUUCUGUCCUUAAAAGCAAGUUCUACAUAAUUGGUGAUGAGAGGUUCUCCUGUCUCUCCCUCACUCAGGAGGAAAUUGAGGCUGCCUUGCAGAAAGCUGGUUUCACGAGUGAGCAGUCUGAGGUCAUCCCUCAUCAUUACUCCAGGGCCUACACAGAUAACGAAGGGAUUCUCUUCUUGGUGGGGAGGAAGCUAAAUACAUCAGUGGGCAUUCAAGGUUAAUCACACUCUUCUUCCUUACCAAGGCUAAAUUUGUCAAACUUCUGUUUUUCUACAGCUGUUGGUAAAAACUUUUCUAUCCUCUUCCCAAAUGGCAUGGUAUUGGCUGUCCUCGGGGUAAUGGGGCCUGGAUAAAUUGUCUGAAUGGCAUACUGUGAUCACUCAAUUUCUAUUAAAGUAAUACACUUGCUUCACCCA